CGUCACCAAGAGCCGGUUUUCCUCUAUUUUCUGGCAUUUUAUAGACGAAAUGACAAACAAAUGAUCAUCUGAUUAAUCGACAAUACAAAUAAUUAUUAGUUGCAGCCUUAAUCUAUAGAAAAGCUUCAAAAAUGGCGGACCAAGAAAAUCUUCAUUAUUUGUUUGUUUUGUUUUUUCACAGUGAUAGCUGUAGCAGCAUAGCACUCCCAGUAUAACCUACUAUAAUAAAGGUAUUGGUUGGGUCAAAGUGAGCCACACCUCCCAACAUGACACAACUUGUCUUGCUGCCUUGCAAGACAAGUUAUGUCAUGUCUGAUGAUGAUGGUGUGGGUGGAGACACUCAUCUUUGCUUCUUUUACUGUACAGUUUCCUCUUUUGAACUGAUAUAAAACAUAACAUAAAAGCGUUUUUAUUUUUGGGCUAUUGAUACCCAAACCUGAUGUUUAAGAUAGCUGAAAAUGGUUCUACUUGACCAACAACAUGGGCCCAGAAGUGGAAGCUAGCCAGAAUGUGAAAAAAUAUUUAUAAUAUUAAAAACUUUAGCUUGAAAUGUCCACAUGGAACUGUGAUGACGUUUCCCUGAUCUCAAUUAUCUAAACACACAUUUGUAAGUAAUUAUUCAGAGAUCACCAGAAUGUUGUGUUGAAACAGGGCGUUUGGAGCAAUAUGGAAAAUUAGAAACCAAAUGAUUGAUUUCAUCAAGAAAACUGGAAGACCUUGGGUUGAGAUCUGGAGACUGAAGGCCAUACAUAGCAUAUGAUCCUUAUAAUUUCACUCACAUUAAUAUGUAUGCUACUUAAAGGUACGGUACAUUUUAGUGCAAUUAAUAACUACACAAAGCAAUGUAUAGAAAAAUAGAGACCGGUCCAUUUCAUCCCAAAAUUACGUAAAAUCCGGGUUUCCCAACUUUCAAAUGGGAAUUCUGGAAUUUCCAAGGAGCACAUGAACGCAGCAUCGCUCUCCUUCCUUGACACUUGUUGCGCUACGUAACGGGGGCUACUUCAGGUACCUCGGAUUUAUAUCGAGCUCGAACAAAAGGAACCGUCGGACCAACACGUAUUAUCGUGUUCUACAAAUACAAAUAUGGUGUUCUUGUAAUGAAUAUGAGACAAAAGUAAUAACAAAAAAACUAAACAGGGAAAGAUAUUCUCGUGAGUGUGAAAUGAAGACCUCAGCCAAUAGGCGUCCAGUGCGGCGUCUCCUCCCAUUACGUCGUACGCUCCUUCUCCCUGCAGUAUGGCCGCCGUCCUGUAGCCGUCGGUGUAUCCUCGCAUACGAUUACAACUUUAAAAAACAAUGUCGGCUGUACUUUUCCUGAGAAAGUCGUUGAGUCGACUGCCGCCGAGUGUCGCCAGCUGUUAUCACACCGAGAAAGGUGUCUUCGGAUAUCGGCCCAAACAGACGGAGAGAAACCGCAAGUCACAGAGCGACUGCAUCGCGGCGCUGAAUCAAGAUCAUGCUCUCGCCCGUCUGGUGGAGGCGUACAGAGCACAUGGGCACAAGGCGGCCAAGAUUAACCCCUUACUGCCUCUCCAGCCUGUUGCUGACAGCGUCCCGGAGAUAGACAUGCUGACUGGCACCAUCACUGGACGACUCAACACCUCAGGUCUACAACACUUUGGCAAAGCGGAGGCUUCGGUGGAAGAGGUUCAGGCCUACCUGGAGGGAGCCUACUGUGGCCACAUGUCAGUGGAGACCAGCCAGCUGAGCAGCCUGGAGGAGAGGGAGUGGGUCGCUGACCGCUUUGAGGAGCUCAAGAAGAAGAGUUUCUCCCCAGAGGAGAGGAGGCAGCUGGCUAAGAUCAUGCUGGAGUCUCAGGAAUUUGACCACUUUCUGGCCACCAAGUUUUCUACUGUGAAACGUUAUGGAGGAGAAGGAGCAGAGAGCAUGAUGGGAUUCUUCCAUGAGCUUUUUCACCAGUUGGCCCACAGCGGAGUCACUGACAUUAUCAUCGGCAUGCCUCAUCGAGGCAGACUCAACCUCCUGACAGGCUUGAUGAAAUUCCCACCAGAGCUCAUGUUCCGUAAGAUGCGUGGCCUCAGCGAGUUCCCCGAGACGUCGCCUGCCAUCGGCGACGUCCUCUCCCACCUCACCGCCUCAUUGGAGUUGGAUUUCGGAGCUGCAAAACCCAUUCAUGUGACCAUGCUGCCCAACCCUUCUCACCUCGAGGCGAUCAACCCCGUGGCUCAGGGCAAAACCAGAGCCAGGCAGCAGCUCAGGCAAGAAGGAGACUAUUCACCAGAAGAGGACGCCCAGCCGGGAGACCACGUCGUAUGCCUGCAGGUCCACGGUGAUGGUGCUUUCCCCGGCCAAGGGAUCGUUCCUGAAACUUUGACCCUUUCAAACCUCCCUCACUACAGAGUCGGUGGGAGCAUUCACCUCAUCGUGAACAACCAAGUGGGUUACACCACUCCAUCCGAGAGGGCGAGGUCCUCAUUGUACUGCAGUGAUGUCGGUAAGAUGGUGAACUGUGCUGUGAUCCACGUGAACGGCGACAAUGCAGAAGAGGUGCUGCGGGCCACUCGGCUGGCUGUGGAGUACCAGCAGCGUUUCAGGAAAGACGUCAUCCUGGACCUGAUCUGCUACCGUCAGUGGGGCCACAAUGAGCUGGACGAGCCUUUCUUCACCAACCCGUCCAUGUACAAGAUCAUUCGAUCCCGUAAGAGCGUCCCUGACGCCUACUCUUACCAGCUGAUCUCUGAGGGUCUGAUGACCGAAGUCGAGCGUGACGACAUCAAGUCCAAACACUCCGGCAUGCUCAACGACAAGCUGGCCAACAUGACCCUGUACAUCCCUCCACUCACCAACCUGCAGGGCCGCUGGGGGGAUCUAGUCGAGCCCCAGGCCCGAGUUACCACCUGGGACACGGGCGUCCCCGUUCCCCUGCUGCAGUUUGUAGGAGGGAAAUCUGUGGACAUCCCUGAGCAAAUCCAGCUGCACAGCCACCUUAGAAAGACCCAUGUUCAGGCUCGGUUGCAAAAGUUGGAAGGAGGCACCAAACUGGACUGGUCCACAGCUGAGGCCUUGGCUUUCGGCUCCCUCCUGUCCCAAGGCUUCAAUAUCCGAAUCAGCGGACAGGACGUUGGAAGAGGCACGUUCAGUCAGCGACACGCCAUGGUGGUGUGUCAAGACACCAAUGACAUGUACAUCCCCCUGAACCACAUCAGCCCUCAGCAGACAGGUUUCCUGGAGGUGUGCAACAGCCCGCUGUCUGAGGAGGCGGUGCUUGGAUUUGAAUAUGGGAUGAGUAUCGCACAGCCAAAGCUCCUUCCCAUCUGGGAGGCUCAGUUUGGGGAUUUCUUUAACGGAGCGCAGAUCAUCUUUGAUACCUUCCUCACUGGAGGUGAGGCCAAGUGGCUGCUGCAGUGCGGGAUGGUGAUCCUGCUGCCUCACGGCUACGACGGAGCCGGACCUGAACACUCAUCCUGCCGUAUGGAGCGCUUCCUUCAGAUGUGUGACAGUAAAGAAGAGGGCGUGGACAGUGACUGUGUGAACAUGGCGGUGGUCAACCCCACAACGUCUGCUCAGUACUUCCACCUGCUGAGGAGGCAGAUGAUCCGGAACUUCCGCAAACCUCUCAUCGUGGUUGGACCCAAGACACUGCUCAGAUUUUCUGGGGCAGCGUCCAGUCUGACUGACCUGGCACCAGGAACAUCUUUCAGGCCGGUGUUGGGUGAUCCUUCAGUCUCAGCAGAAAGUGUCCAGAAGGUGGUGCUGUGCUCGGGGAAGCAUUAUUAUGCUCUGCUGAAACAGAGGGAGACGUUGGCAGCCAACCAGAACACGGCCCUGCUCCGUGUGGAGGAACUGUGUCCGUUCCCACUGGACGCUCUGCAGCAGGAGCUAAAAAAAUACCCCAACGCCAAAGAUUUUGUUUGGAGUCAGGAGGAGCCACAGAACAUGGGUCCCUGGUCUUUUGUAGCUCCCAGGUUUGAGAAGCAGCUGGCCUGCAAGCUCCAGUUAGUGAGCCGACCUGCUCUGCCCGCCCCUGCCGUCGGCAUCGGGAUCCUCCAUCAGCAGCAGCAAGAGGCCAUCCUCACCGCUACCUUCUCCUAAGACUCAACCAGACUGGGAACCAAAAUAACCAGUACACCGGCAUCGGCACAACCCUACAUCCUGGUAUCUGCCGUGUUCCUUCAAACCAUCGUCAAUAUGUGUGCACUGCAGAUACAUGGGACCUUCUUAAACGAUGUUUGGUUUCAGAAAUAAAUUGGUUUAUAUAAUGAACAAAUCAAAGGAAGUGUUAAAGAGAGUAGUGUUUGAUGAUUUUUUAACUCUUAGUCAAACACAGGUUUUUAAUUGUUGUUCAUGGUUUGAAGGAAAAAGCUGAAUUCUUGUCUGCUUAUUUCUUAAAAAAAAAAAAAAAAAAAAAAGGUUCCCCCUCCUUGCUCGUAUUCAUGCCUGUAUUCUUUGUGUUCAGUGACGAGACACUAUUGUAUUGAAAGGGACAACAGCUAAUGUGGUUCGGAUGUAAAUGGAGGCCGUAGACCAUAUUUACAAUGUGAGUUGACCGGCGUAUUUGUAGCACUUGGGGUCGUAUCUUGCCCGUGUCAAAACGGUACAAGCUCCGCGUUUCAAGAACAAGAUUCUCCGUUUAAAACCAGAAGCUACAUCUUGAGUUUUUAAAGAUCCUCAGCCGUCACCAAUGGGUUUUGGAGCCGAGAGCCACAGACGGGAAGUCAGAAAGUGUCGAGAGACGGACUAACUCAUUGUUGGUUUCUGUGUGUACGUUGAACAACCAGCGGGGCCCUGAUUCUGAUCCUGACGGUAUCAUUUGAAUGAUCCCAGUCUCUUCCACACAGUGAAGCGCUGGUAUCGGAGCGGUACUCUGUAUCGGCCCGAGGUCAAAGCCCAGACUGAAAAAGUCAGAUCGGUGCAUCCCGAUUCUGAACAGUUGUGAGCUGAAUUUCAGGAUCUCCAGAGUUGAUGUCAGGGUUCGUCCUGUUGUUUGUUUACGGCUCUUCAGUCACUCUGCACAAGUUGUCUGUCUAUUUUAUUGUUCUGAACAGAAAAUAACAGUAGUAUGUUACAAAUGUCCUUGAACUGUGUAUGUAAGAACAGGAGUACUUGAACUGGAUUACUGAAGAAACUAAAAAGAGUAUUUUGUAUUUGGACAUUUCAUGGUACACAUUUGGGCUAAGAAGUACUUUAUCAUCAUCCUUAUGGUUUAAACUGAGGACUUGAAAUAAAGCAUUAAAAAGCUAAUGUAAAUAAACCAAAUAAGAUGCAUUUCGAAUGGAAAUAUUUUAAAAUAAAUAUAUUUUCAUGUUU